AUGGCCCGUGCCUUCGGGAGGCUGGCGGCGCGGUGGCCGCCGGAAAGGCAGGGCAGGGAGGAACCCAUGGGUUGGAUGAAGGACGAGACCGGGCUGGAAAAGCGGCCGGCCAAUUUCGUGCCGCUGACGCCGUUGUCGCAUCUGAGGCGCGCGGCCACGGUGCAUGCGAAACGCGAGGCGAUCGUCUAUGGCGAUUUCCGGACGAGCUAUGCGGAGUAUCAUGUGCGCGUGUCGAAGCUCGCCUCGGCGCUGGCGCAGAUGGGUGUCGCGCCGGGCGAUGUGGUGGCGACGGUCCUGCCCAACAUUCCGGCCCAUGUGGAGGCGCAUUUCGGGGUGCCGGCCUGCGGCGGCGUUCUUAACGCCAUCAACAUCCGGCUCGACCAGCACACGAUCAGCUACAUUUUCGACCAUGGCGAAGCGCGGGUGGUGCUCGUCGACACGCAGUUUCUCGGCGUCGUCGAGGCGGCGAUCGCCGAGAUGGAAAACGAGGCGCAGCCAACGAUCAUCGAGGUGCCGGACGAGCAGGCCGGGUUCCACGCAUCGGGCCGGCACCUGACCUAUGAGGCGCUGAUCGCCGAGGGCGACCCGGACUUCGACUGGGUGAUGCCCGCCGAUGAAUGGGAGAGCAUCGCGCUCAACUAUACGUCGGGCACGACGGGCCGGCCCAAGGGCGUCGUCUAUCAUCAUCGCGGCGCCUAUCUGAUCACGCUGGGAACGCCCAUCGCCUGGCGGAUGACGCUCUAUCCGCGCUAUCUGACGAUCGUUCCGCUGUUUCACUGCAACAAUUGGUGCCAUGUCUGGACGAUGCCGGCGGUCGGCGGCACCACCGUGUGCUGCCGCGAUAUCACCGCCAGGGCGAUCUACGACGCCAUCGCCGACGAGGGGGUGACGCAUUUCGGCGGCGCGCCGAUCGUUUUGAACAUGAUUGUCAAUGCCAGCGACGAUGAGCGGCGCUCGUUCGAUCACACGGUGAAUGUGUUCACCGCCGGUGCCCCGCCGGCGGCGGCGACGUUGGCGGCGAUCGAGCCGAUGGGCUUCAACAUCACCCAGGUCUACGGGCUGACCGAGGUCUAUGGUCCUGCCACCGAAUGCGUCUGGAAGGACGAUGAAUGGGCUGGGCUCGGCGCCGAAGAGCGGGCGACCAUCAAGGCGCGGCAGGGCGUCGCGUUCCCCAACAUGGAUCAUGUGACGGUGGUCGACCCCGAGACCAUGCGCCAGACGCCGAUGGACGGCGCGGCGACGGGCGAAAUCGUGAUGCGCGGCAACGCGACGAUGAAGGGCUACUACAAGAACCCGCGCGCAACCAACGAGGCGUUUCGCGGCGGCUAUUUCCACAGCGGCGACAUCGCCGUGCAGCAUCCGGACGGCUACAUCCAGAUCACCGAUCGGGCCAAGGAUAUCAUCAUAUCGGGCGGCGAGAACAUCUCUUCGGUCGAGGUGGAAAGCGCGCUGAUGCACCAUGCGUCGGUGCUUCUGUGCGCGGUGGUCGCCAAGCCCGACGAAAAAUGGGGCGAGGUGCCGUGCGCCUUUGUCGAACUGAAGGACGACGGGUCGGCGACCGAGGAGGAGCUGAUCGCCUUUGCGCGCCAGAGGCUGGCCGGUUUCAAGGCGCCCAAACGGAUCGUGUUCGGCGAACUGCCCAAGACCUCGACCGGCAAGGUGCAGAAAUACGAACUACGCGAGCGGGCGGCGGCGCUGUGA